AUAGGCCGAUUGUAGAUUCCAAAUAUGAAGUUGACUUGGCAAAUAGUUAUUCUGCUUCUUAUUGAACAUAUGGAAGCAAUUCGCCAUCGUGCCCAAUCAGCAAUCAAUCUUGAGUACAAUGUUUCCUUCGGAGACUUCGUGGAGCCGGAUCCGGCCAGCGCAGUUCCUUGAACUCCAUCUUUUCGCCGUCAGACGGCCCCACAACCACCGUUGAACACCGAACAGUUAUCAAACAGUCGCCGCGUCAACCAACGUUCUUUGCGCGGUUGCAGCGGCCAGAGCAAACAAAGAGAUGGCACCGUCUUUGCAUGUGUUGGUAGCACGAUAAAGAAUGAAGCAGGGACAUCGCAGACAGCCCCCCUAGCGACUUGAUUGCCCACAUGUUUCUGCCCCCUAGAAAUCGCGUCUUUUCACAUGGCGAGCCUCCUGGUCUAACUCUCAGCUACUCUGCCUGUCACUUCCAUUAUCUACAAAGAUAUCAACCAACUGACUGAUAACGAAAUUGUCAACGUCAUGCAAGUUCGGAACACUGGUUUAGGAUAUCCAAAACUUCGGUAACACCGAAAAAAAGAUUCCCGGAGUCGGUGAAGAGCUUUUUGCCGUUCAAACCCCCGCCAAUGCCCCGCUCCUGCUAGGUUCGUGGCUUGCUUGAUGCUUCAGCCAGUUCUCUCCCUGGUUAGCUCUCGCCGCCGCCGCCGCCCGUCUUGGAGUUUUGAUCCACCCACCAGCCUUGCUCGAUGUUGGCAGCUCUGGCCAAUCAGAACUCCUUACUGACCACUAAAGGGUACUUGGAACAGUCAGAACACUACAUCGAGUCAAGGCUGGACGCCAGUAGCGAGAAUUCAUCCGCACUGUACGAUGCUUCCAAGGACCCCUUCCAUGAUCCAGGACCCCACUUUGAGCUGAUGUCCAUCCAUUUCAAAAAGAUCUUGAUUGUCUCGAUGCUCGAGUACAAGAGCUCUCAAUCUCCUGGACUUCAAGUCGCUUCAUUCUUCCUCACUUCUCCCUCACCACCAUUCAUUGAUACCCCUGGAGCCAAAACGACUGAGACAUCGUGCAAGAUCUUUACCCAUCCCUCCAUUGAAUCUCUUGUUCAACUUUCCUCUCGCUCAACUCCUCCAACAUGACUACUGAGUAUCUUCCCGCUUCUGCCAGCUCCGCCUACGACUAUAUCAUCGUAGGUGGUGGCACGGCUGGAUGUGUUCUGGCUUCCCGCCUAUCCUCCUACCUUCCUGAGCGCAAGGUUCUUAUGAUUGAGGCUGGCCCUUCAGACUUCGGUCUCAACAAUGUCCUGAACCUUCGCGAGUGGCUAUCUCUCCUUGGUGGUGAUCUCGACUACGAUUAUCCCACAACUGAGCAGCCCAAUGGCAACAGUCACAUCCGACACUCACGUGCAAAGGUUCUCGGUGGAUGCUCCUCUCACAACACUCUCAUCUCCUUCCGCCCCUUCCGCCACGACAUGGAUCGUUGGGUCGCCAAGGGCUGCAAGGGCUGGGACUUCGAAACCGUUAUGCGUAACGUUGACAACUUGCGCAACCAGCUGAACCCCGUUCACCCCCGUCACCGUAACCAGCUCACCAAGGACUGGGUCAAGGCCUGCUCCGAGGCCAUGGGCAUUCCCAUCAUCCACGACUUCAAUCACGAGAUCUCCGAGAAGGGACAGUUGACCCAGGGCGCUGGUUUCUUCUCUGUCUCCUACAACCCUGACACCGGCCACCGCAGCAGUGCUUCCGUCGCCUACAUUCACCCUAUCCUUCGUGGCGAUGAGCGACGACCCAACUUGACCGUCCUCACUGAGGCCCAUGUCUCAAAGGUCAUUGUCGAAAACGACGUUGCCACUGGCAUCAAUGUCACUCUCAAGUCCGGCGAGAAGCAUACUCUUAACGCCCGCAAGGAGAUCAUCUUGUCUGCUGGUGCUGUCGAUACCCCCAGGCUUCUCCUUCACUCUGGUAUUGGACCCAAGGGCCAGCUUGAGGACCUCAAGAUUCCUGUUGUCAAGGACAUUCCAGGUGUCGGCGAGAACCUCCUAGACCACCCGGAGACCAUUAUUAUGUGGGAGCUCAACAAGCCCGUUCCUGCUAAUCAGACCACCAUGGAUUCCGAUGCUGGUAUUUUCCUGCGACGAGAGCCUAAGAACGCUGCUGGUAACGACGGCGAUGCCGCUGAUGUCAUGAUGCACUGCUACCAGAUUCCCUUCCACCUCAACACAGAGCGUCUAGGGUAUCCUAUUAUCAAGGACGGUUACGCCUUCUGCAUGACACCCAAUAUUCCCCGUCCUCGCUCCCGUGGCCGCAUCUACUUGACUUCAGCCGACCCUACUGUCAAGCCUGCUCUCGAUUUCCGUUACUUCACCGACCCCGAGGGUUACGACGCCGCCACCCUGGUCCACGGCAUCAAGGCUGCCCGAAAGAUUGCGCAGCAGAGCCCCUUCAAGGACUGGCUCAAGGGAGAAGUCGCCCCUGGUCCCAAGAUCCAAACGGAUGAGGAGAUUAGUGAAUAUGCUCGCCGAGUUGCCCACACAGUCUACCACCCUGCCGGUACCACUAAGAUGGGUGACGUUGAGCGUGAUGAGAUGGCUGUUGUCGACCCCGAGCUCAAGGUUCGUGGAAUCAGCAAGCUCCGCAUUGUUGAUGCUGGUAUCUUCCCCGAGAUGCCAACAAUCAACCCCAUGGUGACUGUGCUCGCUGUUGGUGAGCGAGCUGCCGAGCUCAUUGCUCAAGAGGAGGGCUGGAAGCCCAAGCACUCCCGACUGUAAGCAUCAUUCGGGCAAUUUUUUAAAUUUCUGCUCGUGGGGGUAAACGGGGGAAAACCACUGUUUUUGGACAUCUGUAUGAUUAAAUGAUUAGCGUAUGAUUGCAUUAUCGCAGCGAGUAUACCUUGGAUAGUUAGGAAAAUUUGAAGUUCGUUUACCAAAUAAGACCCUCGGGGGCUUGUGGCCCGAUUUGCCGUUGUUCUUCCGAUCGCUUGGGCCGGUGUCGGAUCGUAUUUCCCCGAUGAGGCCCUUGACCCAGCUUCUUGACCAAUUCAUAUUUUGCCGCGACGGCUCAGUAAAACAGGCACAGCGGGCCGGCGACUUUCCACCACUAAACCACCCGGAUCGUUCAGUUUAAUGUGUCUCGUAAGGCCCGGAAUACUAGAUCAUAUUUCCAUGAUGAAACGAAAGUUCGAUAUGCGCCGAUGGUCCAGCACCAAUCGGGGGUUCCGAGGCGCGAUGCAGGACAUUCAAUCUUGGACGCGUUCUCGGCGGCUGAGAUAAGGUGAUAAUAAGCAGUGGCAAGAUGCCACAAGAUCGAUAUAGCAUUGCGCGUUAUUAUUAUGCAUAUUGUAUCUUGUUGGGUCUCAGGUGGCCAGC